UGCUACGAAACCAACUGUCAAAUCCGUGACGUGGCCUGGCUAAACGAUUUUUCCCAAUAAGAGUUGCGCUUGAGUUGCAUUAAUUUUAAGCUCUAAUAUACGCGCAGUUCAAUUAAUUGCAAUUGCCAACGAUGACUACCUACGAGGAGUUCAUCCAACAAAAUGAGGAUCGGGACGGUGUGCGACUCACUUGGAAUGUGUGGCCCUCCAGUCGCAUCGAUGCCAGUCGCUUAGUUGUGCCACUUGCGUGUCUCUAUCAGCCACUCAAAGAACGCCCCGACUUGCCACCAAUACAAUAUGAGCCUGUGCUGUGUACCCGCAGCAAUUGUCGGGCCAUCCUCAACCCAUUGUGUCAGGUGGACUACCGUGCGAAACUCUGGGUCUGCAAUUUUUGCUUUCAACGCAAUCCCUUUCCACCACAAUAUGCUGCCAUAUCAGAGCAGCAUCAACCAGCCGAGUUGAUUCCUGGGUUUAGCACCAUCGAAUAUACAAUUACCAGGGCACCAACGAUGCCACCUGUCUUUAUAUUCCUGGUGGACACUUGCAUGGAUGAGGAAGAACUGGAUGCUCUAAAGGAUUCGCUGCAAAUGUCACUCAGUCUGUUGCCACCCAAUGCUUUGGUCGGUCUGAUUACCUUUGGUAAAAUGAUACAGGUGCAUGAGCUGGGCACUGACGGCUGUUCCAAGAGUUAUGUGUUUCGUGGCACAAAAGAUUUGAGUGCAAAGCAAGUGCAAGAUAUGCUGGGCAUUGGCCGUGGCGCAGUGCCCACACCACAUCAGCAGCCAGGUCAAAUGCCGCCCAAUGCCCAGCAGGGCGUGGCAGUUGGCGGAGCACAACAUGUGCCGCCAGCGCAUCGCUUCCUGCAGCCGAUCAGCCAGUGUGAUACUGCACUGGGUGAUCUGCUCAGUGAGCUGCAACGCGAUCCUUGGCCGGUGCCGCAGGGCAAGCGCUAUCUGCGCUCCACGGGCGCUGCGCUCUCGAUAGCCGUGGGCCUGCUGGAGUGCACAUACCCAAAUACGGGUGGUCGCAUUAUGACCUUUGUCGGUGGUCCUUGCUCCCAGGGCCCCGGCCAAGUGGUCGACGAUGAGCUCAAGCAUCCCAUACGCUCGCAUCACGACAUACACAAGGACAACGUCAAGUUCAUGAAGAAGGCCAUCAAGCAUUAUGAUGCAUUGGCGUUACGUGCUGCCACCAAUGGUCACAGCAUCGACAUAUACUCGUGUGCCUUAGAUCAGACGGGUCUGAUGGAGAUGAAGCAGUUGUGCAAUUCGACGGGUGGUCAUAUGGUCAUGGGUGAUUCAUUUAAUUCGUCGCUGUUUAAGCAGACAUUCCAGCGCGUAUUUGCGCGCGACAGUCGCAACGAUCUGAAGAUGGCUUUCAAUGCCACGCUGGAGGUGAAGUGCUCGCGCGAGCUGAAGAUCUCGGGUGGCAUCGGCUCGUGUGUGUCGCUGAAUGUGAAGAGCCCGUCGGUGUCGGAUGUGGAGAUCGGCAUGGGCAAUACGGUGCAAUGGAAGCUGUGCACCCUGAAUCCAAGUUCAACGGUGGCCUACUUCUUUGAGGUGGUCAAUCAGCAUGCGGCCCCAAUACCGCAAGGCGGACGCGGUUGUAUACAGUUCAUCACGCAGUAUCAGCAUCCAAGCGGUCAGCGGCGCAUUCGCGUCACAACGCUAGCCAGAAAUUGGGCGGAUGCCACGUCGAAUGUGCACCACAUCAGCGCUGGUUUUGAUCAGGAGGCGGCUGCUGUGCUCAUGGCGCGCAUGGUUGUCUAUCGUGCCGAGACGGACGAGGGACCCGACAUCUUGCGCUGGGUGGAUCGUCAGCUGAUUCGCUUGUGCCAGAAGUUCGGCGAGUAUUCCAAGGAUGAUCCUAACAGUUUUCGGCUGUCGCAAAACUUUAGUCUGUUUCCGCAAUUCAUGUAUCACUUGCGCCGCUCGCAGUUCCUGCAGGUCUUCAACAAUUCGCCCGACGAGACCACAUUCUAUCGACACAUGCUGAUGCGCGAGGACCUCACCCAAUCUCUGAUCAUGAUUCAGCCCAUACUUUACAGCUAUUCGUUCAACGGUCCACCCGAGCCCGUUCUCCUGGAUACGGCAUCAAUUCAAGCGGACCGCAUAUUGCUGAUGGACACCUUCUUCCAGAUACUCAUCUAUCAUGGCGAAACCAUUGCCCAAUGGCGUGCCCUCAAGUAUCAAGACAUGCCCGAAUAUGAGAACUUUAAGCAACUGCUCCAAGCGCCCGUCGACGACGCCCAGGAAAUUUUACAGACACGUUUCCCCAUGCCACGUUACAUCGACACCGAGCACGGUGGAUCGCAGGCGCGUUUCCUGCUAUCCAAGGUCAAUCCCUCGCAGACGCACAACAAUAUGUAUGCGUAUGGUCAGCCGCCCAUUGGGCAGACGACGGAUGGCGGUGCUCCGGUGCUCACGGAUGAUGUUUCGCUGCAGCUGUUCAUGGAGCAUCUCAAGAAACUGGCUGUCUCUUCGACCACAUAAAUUAGCAAUUUUUGAAAAGCCAAAGUUAAAAACUUGGCAAUGGCAAACGACAAAAAAAUUACAUACUUCUAGUUACAUACAUAUAUACAACACAUUAACCAUCUAUAUAGAUUCCAAUUGAUCGCCUGCAAAUACAAUAAACUACAUUCAUACAUCGGUA